AUGGCUAAGCGAAGGGUCCUUAAGUGGAGAGCUCAUCCACAAGGGUGGAUGAAGAUUAACUUUGAUGGUGCAUUUGAUAGCGGUACUAGCAGGGCAGCAGUGGGCUUCGUUGUGCGAGAUGAUACUGGUACAUAUAUGGAUGCUGCUGGGAAAAUUAUCUAUCAUAUUGUUUCAGCAGAACAUGCAGAGUUGGUGACUUGUAGAGAGGCAAUUGGUUUUGUUAUCAAUCAUUCUCUACAUCUUGUUAUUUUUGAAACAUACUGUUUGACUUUGAAGCAACAAUUGUGUCAAACUAGGACACAAAACAUUUCAGCUCUUGGUAGGCUGUAUGACGAUAUCAGUGAAGAUUUGGGUUCUAUUCCAAAUUCUCGUUUGGUUCAUGCUAGGAGGGAAGCCAAUAAGGUAGCCCAUCUUCUAGCAGCUCAUGCUUCUGCACAUGAUCUAGACUUCUAUUGGUCUCAUGCUCCUUUCUUUAUACAAGAUGUAAUAAAUGAAGAGAAAUUUGUACUCUAA